GGGGAGAAAAUGAAUUUUGCCCUAAAAAGAGUAAAAAACGAAUCCCUCCUGCCUCCUGGCCUCCUCCCCUGUCUGUUCUGUACACUGUAAUCUGUAUUGGCUUUCUCUCCCUAUUUCUCCCCUCCCACCCAAAUCCCCUCUACCCUCCCUAAUUCGUCUAUUUGUUCCCGCCUCUCUACUCCAUAUCAUAUCCACCAUCCUUCCAAAUUCCCGUUAGAAGAUCAAAAGCUCCCCCUUACUUGCGAAGAGAAACAGGAGAUAUUACAAAUGGAUGCUCUUCAACAACUUCACAGAUUCAUGAGACCAGCAACGGCGGGAGCAGCUCCACCACUGCCACCACAACCACCAAUUGCAGAUUCUCAACUGAGACCACCACCACCUCAGGGGCCCUGGUACUCCGGCCAGUUUCAGUAUCAACCUUCGCAGACUCCUCCGCUGCACCCUCAUCAGCAACAUCAACAACAGGUGCCGCAGUGGCCCCUUCAUUCCGAUCAUCAGCAAAUUUAUCCUACGCCUCACCACAAUUCCGUUCCGCCGUAUCCCGGGCACCCUCACCACAACCAGUACCCUACCCCUUCUCGACCACCGCACGUGCCUCCUCCCCCUCCUCUUCACCACCAUCCUCAACCUUCUCCUCGGUUUCCUGAAGCUUAUGUUCAGUCCAAUCAGACAUGGGGAAAUCCAAAUUGGCCUCAUUAUCAAGGUCGGGAAUAUCCAGAUAGAAACAUUUCUCACAACAAUGAGGAAGAUUGGGCCGCCAGGGCCAGGGCAUGGGCAGCAGCCAAGGCAGCAAUGGAGAAUCCACAACCUCCGUCGCAACUUCCUCCAGUUGGCAGACCAGAAGACCCCAGUAAUGUGUAUCACGAUCCGUAUCAUCAAACUGUUGAUGCUCAUUACACUGAUACUCAACAACCAUCACUUAUGGCAUCAAGCCAGCAACAGUUCCCAGUUUCUGCCACAAACCUCCAUAUGCCACCAGUAAGCCAUAUCCAGGAGUCCUCAUCCUUCAGCUCUGGACAGUCUUCUUCUUAUGUGUCAGAUGGGCAUAUACCAUACGUUGCUAGAGAUGGUGCUUUGGUUGAGGAUUCAGGUCCUGUAUUUCCUCAUCUAGGAAGUGUUCCUACUAUCUCAUCAGUUUACCAGCAGGAGGUACCUUCUAGUUAUUCUUCUGUUUCAGGUAGACAGGAGGUUGGGGAUCAAAAUGAGCAGUUAUGCAAGCCAUCACCUUUGCCCAUAUCAUCAGAUCAUGAUGGACAACAUGUGCAGCCCAAAUUACCUGCUGCUGCUAGAUUAGUUUCAGAACAGCCCCAUUUUACAUAUGGCGAUCAAUCUGCUGAAGCUGCAGCUGAUUUGAGUGACCGGCCUUUAGAUUUUGCACCAAGGUUUACUCAUGAAAAUGAACUAAAUCAGCAAAAUAGUUACACACAUCCUGCUCAAGCAGGGCCUUUAGGCAGUAUGGACUCAAUUGCAACUGUGCCCUCAAUUCAUGCAUGGACUCCCCCAGUUGCUCCAGGGGUGGGAUAUCCUCCAAUUCCAUCAGUUCCAUCAGGGCCACAGUUUGAUCCUCCAUUUGUUGCACCUUCUCCUGUUUCUGGACAUGCUGCACCAAUCUUUGGCAGGAUGCCUGGAGCAGGCUUUCGGCCUACUAUUCCAGUUGCCGGUGCCCCUUUUGGCCUACCUACCAUUCAUCCUUCAACCACAUUUCCUGGAGAUGUGACUGUUUUGGAACGUCCAAAGAAGGCUUCGGUACCCAAUUGGCUUAGAGAGGAAAUAAUUAAGAAGAAAGCUGUUAUUUCAAGUUCAGUUCAGGAGCAACCUGAGGAAGAUGUUGGUGAAGGUGUUAGUAAGCCUUUUAAAAAAGAUGAUCAAGCAGAUAGAAAAAGCAUUGAUUCUUCCAAGUCAACUGAGGAUGAGGAUGAUGAUGAGGAUGAUGUGGAGGCAGCAAGAACAGCAGCAAUCAACCAGGAAAUAAAGCGUAUCCUAACUGAAGUUCUUUUGAAGGUUACGGAUGAACUGUUUGAUGAGAUUGCUACAAAGGUUCUUAGUGAAGAAGAUCUGACAGUUGAAGUUGACCACAGUUCUGCUGCACCAAAUCAGAAGGUAUUACCAUCACCUCCAUUAGUUCAAACUCCCAAGGCUUCUGCAAAGGUUCUGAUUCCUGUUAAGGCAAAGGAAGCUGAUGCCAGGGAAGUUGGUGAGAAAUCUAGUUCUAGUUCUCCUGGAGAUGUACUGGGUCUUGCAAGUUAUGCCUCUGACAAUGAUGAUGAUGAUGAGAUACAAAGCUCCACCAUGCCCAACAGGCCAAUGGAUGCUGCCUAUAAACAGUCAACAGAUGGUAAGCUUGCAGAAGAUAUCCCUAAUGCAGUAGGGAAUGGCAUUCCUAUAGGAGAAACUGAGAGGCUCAGUAGGAGUCAAAUGGGAAUGGAGACUGAUAAGAGGAAAACAAGCCAAAAUGUUGGUACACAUAAAGGCAACAAUUUGGGCAUUGUGGUUGGUAGAGGUAUGGAUUAUGAGAAUGAUGGUCACCUGACAACUGCUCCCAAGGUGGUCUCUGGAUUCCAAGAAGAUAAAGUCAAUUCCAAUGGUGAAAAGAUGGUUCAGGCCUCAGAUGGUUCUGCGUCAAAGGAUACUGGUGGAGGAAAAGGCCAUGUGAAACCUGGGCCGGUGCAUGGAAAUGAUAGUCAUAGAAAAUCACUGAAAGAUGAUUCUCAUGGUAGGGAAGCCAAAAGUAAAUCAGAUAAGAGUGAUGGAUUGGGAGCUAGGAGCUUUGAGAGUAAAGACACUGUCAGAGAGGCCGAAACUGGUAAGAGUAAAGUGUCUGAGAAACAGUCUAAUUCCACUGAUCACAGGAGAAAGGAUGAAAGGCAUACAAAAAAGGAAAAGACAGAUAAUAAAAAUGGCUCGAAGGAGAGGCUGAAAGAUCGAGGAACCAAAUCUGAGGAAAAAGCAAAGGAAUCUGAUUCAAGAAAAGUUUCAAGUCAUGUCAAUAGUAAGGAUGACAGAAAGGAAACUGAGAAAGUUAAAAAAUCCAGCUCUAAAGAAGAUAAUAACAGAAAAAGAGAGCGGACCAGGGAUGAGAGGGGAGAUAGAUCCAGGCAUAAAGUUUCAAGAGAUGACUUGGGCAGGCACAAGAGAAGGCGUUCAUCUUCAAUUAGCAGUAGGGAUAGAAAAAGCAGAGAUAAUUCAGUGUGCAGUCAUUCCAGCAACUUGAGUAAUGGUGUUUCUGAAGAUUCAAAGCAGCAAAGAAAGCCACAUUCAAAGCGGCAUAGCUUGUCACCAUCACCUACCAGGUCUAGGCGAAGAGGCAGAGUAACCUAUUACCUAUACAAACAGGCUGAUUUGUAUCAAGUGCUGACUUUAUACGAGGAUGAAAUUUUGUGUAUUAAAUUAUGCAUUUUAACUCACCGGGUCAGUAUGAUGGAUGUUUUUAUUUCUAGACAAGUUUCGCGGUCACCACAUAGCAAGCACUCUCAACGCAGGCAUUCUCCUUACUCUUCUCUAGAGACCAGCAGGAGUAAGAGAUCAAGAUCCAACUCGCCUGUUCGUGCAUCAGCGUCACCCAUGCAUGCCGCCUUCCUUGUCUCUUUGACCUAUGAAUCCUUGUAUACCCUUUCCUCUCUUUUUCUCUCAUAUUUAAAUCCCAAUGCAAACAAACCCAUUUUCAUUCCAUUCUGGUUCGAGGCGAUGAAAGCUUCAUCUUUUUUCACUUGGUUUAGAUUCAACAAGACAUUACAGGUGGGGUUGUGGUCUGUUUGGCUGUAUGGAUUUCUCUUGAUUAGUCUCUCCUUCUAUGCUACGCAGAGGUUGCCUUCUUUGAAAGACCAUCUCAAGCAUCCCAAGCUUGAUGCCAGUACUCCGGCAAGUCCCAAUAUAACUAUAUUCUCUGUGCCCAGUGCUUUUGCUGGCCCCAUCGGAGCGAGGCAGCUCCUAGCGCUUAGAUCGUGGCUCGCUUUAUCUCCAUAUGUCACCGUCGUUCUAUUCGGACGAGACCCUUCUCUUCCUUCCGUCGCAGGUUCUCUUGGUUCACGGGUUUUCGUCGAACCUGACAUUGAUUUCACGUUCCUGGGGACCCCAUUCUUUCAUUCCAUUGUUGCAAGAUCACAGGUAUCAACAUCUGAAAUUUCUGUUCUGAUCAAUCCAGAGACAGUACUUCUUCCUGAUUUUAUCUCCAUCCUGAAUUUUGUUCACAAACUUGAUCAUGAUUGGCUCCUUGUUGCUGCAUCACCAAAUGUUUCUCACUUCUCAUUUCACUUGGAUGAAGCUGGGCAGCACUGGCUGCGAGAGGAUGGGAAACAGAUAAAAGUAGUCAAGCUGCAGGAAUUCCUAGAUCAAAAGCAGCGUUUGAGCCACUGCUAUGGAAGGAUGUUUAUGGCAUGGAACACAGGGGAACUGCCCCUACAUUCUGGAGUCUUACCUCCCUUCUUAUAUGGCAAAGGGCUUCAUAAUGAGUGGAUCAUUAACGAGGCCUUGUCAUCAGACCUUAGAUUUGUAUUUGAUGCUAGUGAGGUCAUCUCAAGUUUCUACCUAGUUGAUCCGGACCAUUGGCCUGGCAAGCUUUUCAGAGGCUCCAGUGUUGUAGAUACUGAAGAGAGAAGUUGGGAAUAUAUUGGAAAUACUCUUCUUGGAACAUUAUAUGGUUCAUUAUAUUUUCGUGGAGACAUUUUUUUCAAAAAGCUGGUAAAACUUAUUAAGUGUGAUGAAGAUUAUCUUUUCAUCGAUAUAGAAGAAAACAUUACUUAUCCAUCUGGAGAUCAGGGUUCAUUAAGUUUCUUGAAUGAAAGGAUCUUACAAUCCAGGAGGGAGAAGAAACAUAUGAAAUGUUUAAAGGUUAGCAAUUCACUGUAUAGAAAUAUGGAUUGCUCCUUUAAGGAUCUAUUUAAGCUGCCUAUCCCCUUAUUUCUUCCAUUCUCCUUAGAGUCGCUCCUUUCAGUAACUGCAGACAAGGAUAAGACAAUUGUGCUUACAAUUGCUGGCAAUAGUUAUCGUGAUAUGCUUAUGAGUUGGGUUUGUCGCUUACGCCAACUCCUAGUUACGAAUUUUGUUGUCUGUGCUCUCGAUGAAGAAAUCUAUCAGUUCUCUGUAUUGCAGGGCUUGCCUGUCUUCAAAGACCCACUGGCUCCAGGCAACAUCAGCUUCAACAAUUGCCACUUUGGCACAGAGUGCUUUCAGAGGGUGACAAAAGUGAAGUCCAGAUUGGUUUUGCAGAUACUUAAGCUGGGUUACAAUGUGCUCUUGAGUGAUGUUGAUAUCUAUUGGUUUCAAAAUCCAUUGCCAUUUGUUCGUUUGUUUGGACCUGCUGUUUUAGUAGCACAGUCAGAUGAAUACAAUGAAACAGGCCCCAUAAACAAUCCCCGGCGCUUAAACUCUGGUUUUUACUUUGCUAAUUCUGAUGGUGCAACAAUUGCUGCAAUGGAGAAGGUGGUUGAACAUGCAUCAACUUCUGGCCUAUCUGAGCAGCCAAGCUUCUAUGAUGUACUGUGUGGGGAAGGUGGAUCAAACCGUAUAAGUGAUGACAAGUGCCUUGAACCUGAGAGUAAUGUGACAGUUCAUUUCUUGGACAGGAAUUUAUUUCCAAAUGGGGCCUACCAAGGCCUGUGGGAGAAAGAAGAUGUCAAAGCAGAAUGCACGAAGAAAGGGUGUAUAAUUCUCCAUAACAAUUGGAUCAGUGGGAGGAUGAAAAAACUUGAGCGCCAGGUGCUCUCAGGUUUAUGGGAGUAUGACAGUAGCACAAGGAUGUGUCUACAGAGGUGGCAUAGGACUAAAUCACCAAAUUCUUUGUGAACUGUGUAAAAGGGAAGAAAACAAGCAGAAGCUCAUCCGUCUCCACUUCUAUAUGUUUGUGCUAAGUCAUCUUUCGUUUCAUUGACCCACACAAUGGGAGCUAAUGAUGCCUAAGGCAUUCAAAUCUUGAAACCAUCAUCGGAUUCUCUUUCACUGGGCAGUUGUACUGGGAUGUGGUAAAGUCUAGACCAAACAGUUGUGAUUACUGAGAGAUGCUGAGGUGAUGUUCUCUUCUGAUAGGGGUGGCCCAAUACACUCAGAGAUUAUUCAGAAGGAAGAAAGAAUUCAAAGGAGCUUUCCAGUUCCAUAUCUUUUGACUUGGGCUUAUAAGAGAAAGUUGGACGUGAGGAUUACACAUGAAGGUGGCCAGGUGGACUCGUAGAGAUGUGCCAACAUGCGAGGAUUAUACAUGAAGGUGGCCAGGUGGACUCUUAGAGAUGUGCCAACAUGUGAUUCUUGCAUCAUGAGCAAUCGAGGCAUACCCUGCGUUAUGUCUAUCUUACAGCUUCACAAGUCCACUCUAGCCCUUCCAAAGCACCACAGCAGAUAGAUGGGACCAUCAUUUGGGCCUUCCACCAUCAUACAGGAACUGAAAUAUAUACACCCUGAGGAGUUGUAAGUGGAGAAAAAUGCUGAAGACAAGGUUUAGGAGGUCUUGACUGAAGAGGAUGGUGGAUGGGGAAGGUGGUGAUAAUUUUGGGGAGUCUAUUUGUUCACCCUUGCUUUUGUAGAAUAGCCACCUCUAUGGGGCCAUAUUCUUCUGCCAUGGUUUAUUCCCUCUUCUUCCGAUGCAUUUUGGAGGAAGCAUCUGAUAUUCUAGUUCCUGUAUCAUCAUAUAUAUGUUGGCCAAAGAAUCAGAUACCUUAAAAAAGAAUGUACGAAUGUAAUUUAUGAUUUUGUGCUAAUCCAUGUGCUCAAACAAAUAAAAAGAUUGAUCUCUAUUCAUUUGAUGAUUGCAUACCAUGUAAAGGAUUC